AUGGCUCACAUCGAACACCAGGAGUCCAUUCUCGCGGCUUACGGCAUGGGGGAUUACAACGGGAAGGACGGCUCCUUCGUACCCCAUGCCGAGCUCGAGAUCCUCCUACUCUCGAAAGUUGGGGAGAGUCUGAGGGGAAUCGGCCUAGCCACGGAAGCUCAGACAUGGAUCCGAGAGCAAAGGACUCCUCGAUGGGCUGGCCUGAAAGAGAUGCUCAGAUGGCGACACUGUCGUCGCCAUCACCUUCAGGACUAUUUUCACAAGGCCGUCGCUGAUUUCAAGUGUGACAACUCCGGUCAGAUCGAGAGCUUCCUCACCCAGCUGCGGAGAGCGUACACUCUCCUGAUGAGUGUAUAUGCCGAUGAUGUCUCCGAGAGGAAACGGCUCGUAAGGCAGGCCAUCGGAGCACUGCCGAACUUUGUCGAGCGGGAUGCGGUUCGAAAACUGCAAGAUCUAGCGCGAGAGCGUGGAGAUUGCAGAGAUUGGGAAGAUGUGAGAAGCCUGACGGAGCUGGAGACUACUAUAAGAGAAGCGGCGUUGACCGAUGAGGCAGCCUACAGAAGCCGACGAGAGCGUAAGGCAGACCUGCCCACCGGGGGAAAGCACCAGACGAACAAUCAGGGGCGAAACCGGGAUCAGGUACGAGCGACCUGGACCCAGGGUCAUUGGGACACACACAAAGAAGCUGAAGAUGAUGCGAAUGAGGAUGCUGAUGUUGACCAAGUCCAGAGGACCAUUGACGAGAUGGAGGCAGAACGCAAGGCCCAUAACGAGUCAAAGUCGAAGGAGGAUAAGCAAAAAGCCUCGGCCAGUGCUCGCAAUGGGGAGC